GGGCCACGGUGAGACACAGGCCAGCCAAGCUCCACCACAACUGAACAAGGAGCUGCCCCGCCGCCACCAUGCCGGAAGUGUAAGUAAUCCCACCCCCCACCUUGUGCUUCAGGAAGGCCUGUGCCUUUGCUGACCUCAGCCCCGUUGCUGAGGCACCAUUCUGCUCAACCCCUGAGGCCGUUCCCAGGAACAGGAACCCUUCUGUGUGCUUGAUCAGCAUGUGACGGUUUCCCCAGAAUGUUGCCACAUACCCUCCCAGCCUUUGAGCAGAACUCCCACUCCCAGGUUGCCCAGGGAAGGUGGUUUGGGUGUGUGUUUUGGAGUUUGUGUGUCUUGCACUGAUCAAAUGAAGUGCAUGCUGCCAGGCCCUGACUUGACAUUGGCCUGGUAGGUGAACUUGGCAAGUUAUCCACAAAGCCCAGGGAUGGAUGAUUUCUCAUUCCUGGAACCCUCCGUUGAGGCUGAGAAAACUGACUUCCUUGAUGUCCCAUCAUCCCUCCCCUUACUUACAAUGACCAUUAUCUCCCAAUGAGAACCUCUAGCAACCCAAAAGGCAAUUGUGGUUUUAUUCUAUCUCUUGGAACCCUUGAAUUAGUCCCCUGCCCUUCCUCCCACAGUCCCCUCCCUGAUUUCUGUCUGGCACAUUGCCUUCAUCCACACCCCAAGCUGCUCUUCAUGGCUCUGCUGCUGCAUAUAUAAUACGCAUUGUUCACACUCAUUUUAUGUUCUGCUCUUUCUCCUUGUCCUUCCUGCAAUGGCUGCCUGGAGCGAGGUAAAGCGGAUACCAGCAUCCCUAUUUACAGAUGAGGAAGGAGCACCCAUGGAAGCCAGGUGUCCUGCACAGCAUCUUACAGGAUUACACCAGCAGCAGAACCAGAAUGGAAAAGAAAACCCAAGAUCACUGCCUCCCGCAAGCUCUUGCUGAAGAGCCUGAUGCUGGCCAAGGCCAAGGAGUGCUGGGAGCAGGAGAACGAGGAGCGGGAGGCUGAGAAGGUUCGCUACCUGGCCGAGCGCAUCCCGACGCUGCAGACCCGUGGCCUGUCGCUCAGCGCCCUGCAGGACCUGUGCCGGGAGCUGCACGCCAAGGUGGAGGUGGUGGAUGAGGAGAGGUAUGACAUCGAGGCCAAAUGCCUCCACAACACCAGGGAGAUAAAGGACCUGAAGCUGAAGGUCAUGGACCUCAGAGGGAAGUUCAAGCGCCCGCCCUUGCGCCGGGUCCGUGUCUCCGCUGACGCCAUGCUCCGGGCCCUGCUGGGCUCCAAGCACAAGGUGUCCAUGGAUCUGAGGGCCAACCUCAAGUCCGUCAAGAAGGAAGACACGGAGAAGGAGCGGCCUGUGGAGGUGGGUGACUGGAGGAAGAACGUGGAGGCCAUGUCUGGAAUGGAAGGCCGGAAGAAGAUGUUUGAUGCCGCCAAGUCUCCCACCACACAGUAGAGGCAGGCUGGCUGUGCUGCGUGCUGGGCUCCAGCUUCAUGCUUCUUCCUCCACUCCACUCGCCCACAUCUCUGCCUCCUUUCCUGAGCAUCCCCUCACCCCCUUCCCCACCUUUCCCAGCAGACUGCCAUGCCCUCCUCCGGAACUGGAAUUAAAAAGACACACAAUCCAGAAGAGAAGCGAGUGUCUGAAGACUGCCCCCCUGCAGGGUGGGCUUCCCAGUUCCCUGAGGCACCUGGAGCUUCCUUCCUGGCUGAAGAGGAGGCUGCCUUCCCUCCUGGCCCAGACACAUCCCUUCACCACUGCCCUGUAGUAUCGUGUCCACAGGCAUCAAAGCCU